AUGCUAUAUAAUUUUGAUUUUCCAUAAAAUCAAAGUGCUGAUUAGUAAAUUAAUUAAUCAGUGUAAAAUAAUAAAAUUUAGAAGAAUGUUUCCACUUAAAAAUCUCUGAGCCAAAUUUCAAAUUUUGAACUUCAAUAAACAAAUGAUAUAAAAAAAAAAUUAUUACCUCUUUUAAAUAAUAAACUCAAUUAGAGAAAUUCAAUAAAAAUUUGUGUAUAAAGUCCUAGAUUAAUAUAAUUGAAAAGUGACAACUCAAUUGAUGAAUAAAACAAACGAAUUAUUCUAAGAUAGUAAUUACCUUCAAUAUAUAUAAAACAAAAUAAUAUUGUGAAAUCUAAUUAUUCAUAAGAUAAGAUGAGUUUAAGUCCUCAAAAAUAGGAUAUUAAUCAAUUAAGCAAACGAAUUGUUACUGAUGGAUCAGAUAUCUAUUAAUCAGAUAGGUUAAGCCUUAAAAAGUUAAAUGAAUUACUCAAUAGUCAUCAUGUUAAAAUCCCUUAAUCUAAUAAAUCAUAACAUUUUCCAGAAGUUUAGGAACUUCAAGAUUUACCUAAAUAAAUGGAAUAUAUUUUCAAGAAGAAUAACAUAAAUCCAAUAAGAAUUAAAGCAAAUUUAAAAUUCAAUAGUCCAAGAGAGAAAAAAAACACAACUUAAUCAAUUGAUUCUAUAAUUAAGUUAUUAAAAAAAUGA